AUGGCGAGGCCGAAGAAGUGGAGAGAUGAGGAAGAGAAGGUGGAGGAGCGCUCGCUGCCGCCUCCGCCAGAGGAAAGGUGCAGUCGGAACGACGGGAAGAAAUGGCGGUGCAGGGCGUGGAAACUGCCCGAUAGCAGCCUCUGUCUGGUGCAUUAUGAGCAGGCAAGGAUGCGGGCGACAAGGGUUGCGAAUGGGAAGAGCGGGAAGGGAAAGGGACGAGGUUCUCCCUCUGAGAUUAGGGUUGCGGAGGGGCAGGAGGAGGGCGGAUUCUCUCUGGCGGGUGAGAGGGACGCGGUGGCGAAGAGGCGCCAGUUGGACCGGCGAGGCAUUCAUCUCAGGAUAAGGAAGCCAAAUAAGCCGCCUGUGGUGGAUCGAGAUGCCGACGAAGUCUGA